GAACUCAACUUGGAGGACUGCUCUUCAAUUGCUGCAGAUAAUGGCAACUAGGAGCAGUGGGUUGCCUCCAACCCCAAACCAAACACAACCAUCUUCCCAAUUUAAAACCUCACUUCCUUUUUAAACCCAACUCUUAAACUCUGCUUUCUCCACUGCAAAUUUCCCCCAACGAUGGUGCUACCUGUGUUCACCAUCUUCAUUUUCUCUCUCUUCUUGCCCUUCACAUCAUGCCGCAGUUCGCCGGAGCUUUCUCGCUCCUCCUCCGCUCUGCUCGAUGUUUCAGCUUCACUGAAACAAGCCGACCAGGUCCUGAAAUUCGAUCCCAAGGGUUUAAUGUCUUUCCAGCAGCAGGAGCAGCUUGUUCCGGCGAACUCUUCCUCCUUCUCUCUUGGACUCAGCCGGAACUUUCUGCUUUGCGUUCGCCCCAACGACGUCGUCUCUGUCGAUCAUAGGGAACGUUCAGCAGCAGGGGACACGUGUCAACUUCGAUUUGGCAAACUCGCUCGUAGGGUUUUCACCCAAUAAAUGUUAGAAAGGGUAACAAUAGAAAUAAAUUAGGGUUUGGCUUCUUUUAUUUUAUUUUAUUAUUUCUUUUAAUUUUGUUUUCUUUCGUUUUGGGUUAUGGAAAUGACGAAAUUGGGGUGCGUGGGUGUGUGGUUGAUUAUAUUAGAAGUGAGGGUUUUUAGGCAUUGUGAUUUAUGUGGAUGUGGAUAAGUAAUGGGGGGUAGAGGGGGUUUUGCAUGUGGUAGUCAUAAAUCAAUCAUAAUUAUUAAAAGUUGUACUGUGAGAUUCAGUUGAGUGGCAUGUAUUGUAAAUAUAGUGCAAGCUUGUGCCCUAGUUUCAACUCUCUACCCACAAUAUAAUAUGAUUAAUAUGGACA